UUGAUGACAGAUGAAAAUCUCAUGAUCUGACAUUUCAAUCAUGAUUUGAGACAGAUUUUGCCAAUGUUUCCCGAUCUUUGACAAAUCACAAUCUUUACUCGUGCUGAAAACAACGUGCUCUGGACAUGGCUUGGUCAAACUAUCAGAUAAUUCUAGCAUUCACCAUGCUGAUUACUGGUUCAAUCAACACUUUGGCAACAAAAUGGGCAGAUCGAACGUCUUCUAUUGGAAUUGAUGGAACAUUGAGACAGUUUGAUCAUCCAUACUUCCAGGCAUGUGGUAUGUUCCUGGGAGAAUUCUUCUGUCUGGUCGUGUUUUACCUGAACAGAAUAAGAUGUGGUAGAGGUGAAACCGAGCCUCUUCCGAAAUUCAACCCGCUGAUAUUCUGGCCGGCAGCGCUGCUGGACAUGUGUGGCACUUCCCUCAUGUAUGUCGGAUUGAACAUGACGUUUGCGUCCAGUUUCCAAAUGUUGAGAGGUGCUAUAAUGAUUUUCACAGCCCUACUCUCAGUUGCAUUCCUUGGACGGCAGAUUCGUAAUCAUAUGUGGUUUGGUAUUUUUGUCGUCCUUGUUGGCCUGGUCAUCGUCGGUCUUGCCGAUUUCCUCUUUGGAAGUGAAGAUACAUCUGAUAUCAAUGGAAUCAUCGCAGGAGAUGAAAUCAUCGUUCUUGCCCAGGUGAUAUCAGCUGCACAGAUGGUGUACGAGGAGAAAUUUGUGUCAAAAUAUGAAGUGCCUCCAUUGCAAGCAGUGGGCUUAGAAGGAUUAUUUGGCUUCUUGACAUUGGCUGUUCUGCAGGUACCGUUCUAUUUCAUCAACGCAGGCAGCUUUAGUAAAUUACCUGAGCAUCGAUUGGAAGAUGCGUUAGAUGGAUUCGUCCAGUUGAGUAAUAGCUGGAUUAUAUGUCUUGCAACUGUAGGUAACAUUGUCAGUAUAGCUUUCUUCAACUUCGCUGGAAUCGGAGUGACCAAGGAAAUGAGCGCCAUGACACGUAUGGUUCUCGACAGUGGACGGACACUAAUUAUUUGGAUAGUAACUCUUGCGUUAGGCUGGCAGUCAUUCUUUGCAUUACAAGUCCUUGGUUUUGUCCUCCUCAUUGUGGGAAUGUGUGUCUAUAACGACAUAAUAUUCCGUCCGUUAUUGAGGAAGUACAAUUUGUGCGGGUAUAAACGAGAGCUCCACGAGUAUCCAACUGAUGACGAACGACGCAAACUCAUCAACGAUGAUCUCCCAGACUACAGUGAGUAGUGCGACGUGUUCAUAAUGCGGCAACAGGGAGUGAAGAUACGGAAUACGAAGAAACUUCGACGAAAGCUUCCCACAGGAAAAGUCUAAAGCCGGACAUUGUCAUCUAAUGGUGACAAAGGCCUUCUGAUAGACAUUUUUGACUGAAUAUUGACUAGGUCCAAUUUCUGUCUGGUUUGAAACUAGGUCAACAACUUGGUCAGCUGCUUGUACUACUAUAAGUGUAUUGAGCAUUUCAUCAUGUUCUUGGAUUGGUGAUAAGUUUGCCAUAUCCGUCUGGUUUGAAACUAGGUCAAAAUACAGUUAGUUGCUUGUUCUACGAUCUGUAUGAACACUACAGAUAGUAUUAUUACUCAAGAUUACACUAUUGAGUAUUUCAUCAUGUUCAUUGAUUGUUUGUAAAGCUAAAAGUUAGCAAAUUUACUCUUCAUUCAUUUUCAAUUGUUAGUUUAUAAUGGUAAUAGUAUUAGGGUUGAAACUUUUGUGCUUUUUGAGUUUGAACUUGAAAUCCUAAAGCCUUUAGAACUCUUUCAAGAAGAAGUGAAUGCCAUUUUGAAGGUGUUCUAAUUGCUUUAGGAUUUCAAGUUCCAGCCAAAAUGGUGGUGCCUAUAGUCAACCCUUAAUACUGUCUUAUUUAAGGUACAAGUUAUGGUUCUUUUUGCCGAGGUUGACAUGAGGUGCACAUUUAAGUACAGUAAAACCUCUUUAUCAAGGACACCCUUGGGACUGAGAGCUCCUGUACUUAAUAGACAAAAGCAGUGUCUUUAAUAGGGAGGGUGUCUUACUGAAAGAGAUGUCCGCCAAGGGAGGUUCUUCUGUGAAACCUGGCAAUUAUUUCAAAUGGUGCUCUUCGUGAUUUUUUUUAGUUUAUGUCAAACAACUUGCCAGAUUUGCUCUGAUUGAAUAUUUUUAAUGUAGUCAAAUUGUCAGAAUAAAUAAGCUGACAAGGCUUUGAAUGUAUGUAUUAAUGCAAAUUUAUCAAAACAAUUUGGUAACGCACAUCAACUGUGGUUUGAAACUUGAACUUAGUGGUCAAACUGCUCAAAGUUAACUCCAUGACAUCCUAGACUUUGAGCACCUGAAUUUUAGUUCAUUAGAGGGUUACAUAAUUAUGUACUUAGAAUAUUAUGUGCAUGACUGUAAAUGCUUAUAUUUUUCCUUAAAUAAUAUUUUUGUGAGUUUCACACAGGAGGUCAGCAUUCGUGGCUAAUAUUAUAAUAAUGAUUAGAAAAUACAAUUUUUUAAAUUAAAGGUGACAAAAUAAAGGGGUGUACAGACGACUUCUUCACCUUUCAGUAUUAAAAAAUGCAAGUUGAUUCCAGUGAUUUGAACAUUGUAUUGUGCUUAGGUAUUGAUUACAUGUGCUGGUACAUGACUGCUGCUUUAGUGUAAAGCUGUGAUUUGAUAUUAAAAAUUGAUUACUUUUGAAA